AUGGAUAUGACAAUGGCUUCUGAGGCGAUGUCCUCCUCAAUAUCUUCGUCGAUGUCCUCAUCGAUGGCAAUGGCUAUGAGCUCUGCUAUGGACGAAAUCAACGCUUCAAUGAGUAGUAUGAUGGCUAUGACCAUGUCUGGCAUGAGCUCCUCGAUGGGUGCCAUGGGAUCUACUGCGACUGCUUCUGCUGCAACUUCCAGUUCCACCUCUGGAAUGGCUAUGUCUGGAAUGGAUAUGGGUAUGGAUAUGGAUAUGGAAAUGAACUCGUACUUGACAAUCAAUUACAAUAAGUACCCUGUUUUGUUCAAAAACCUGUAUGCAGACACGAAUGCAAAGGCGUUUGGUAUCUUUGUCCUGAUCAUGGUUGCCUGUUUCUUUUAUAAGUUUCUUCUGUUCACUUCAUGGUGUUUGGAAGUGCAUUGGUUCAAAACUUGGAAUAAGAACGACAAAAAGAACGAUGUCAAUGCAUUGAGGUAUCCGCAACAGUCCGCAGCACAGGAUGGAUACUUAUCGGAUUCUACCCUGUACACCCCAGAUAUUCCACGGUUGCCUAACAUCUUAGCAGAGAUUUUCAUGCCAAAUGUAUUCGAAUAUGGUCACGACAUCCUUAGACUUGUUUUGACUUUCUGUUCCACCUUGCUCAUCUAUAUGCUAAUGUUAAUUUGUAUGACUUUCGUAUUAACUUACUUGUUCGGAGUCGUCUUGGGGUUGACUCUAGCAGAGAUCUUCUUUAACAGAUGUAAACUAUGUUUGUUGAAGAGAUGGGAAAUUAAGAAAGAGAUAGACAGGAUCAACAAAUGUCCAGGCUCAACAAAUUGUGAAUGUGGAAGGCAUAAAAACACAGCCCCUGGAACUAAAGCGUGUAAGGCAAAUGCUCCAAUCCAACCUUUUGGUAGUAAUUCUUCGAACAUGUCGAGCCAAUUCAGUUUAGAUAAUGAUAAAGAUUUAAAUUUUGAAGGAAAACAAGACGGAUGCUGUUGUACCGUCGAACAGGGCUCACUAAAAGAUGAGACUAAUGAAGACAGAUGUGAAUGCGGAGAUGCUCGAGAUAGUAUCAGCAAUGAACUAAUGGGAAACGUCAUUCCACAACAAGACCAGUCUGAUAUGAUGAACUCUACGUUAUUGCCUCCUGAAAAAGUUCUAAAAUAG